AUGAAAGCUGCUUUGUUGAUAUUAAUCUUUGGAGUUGUCGCUCUCCAGAGCACCUAUGCGCAAUACAUACGCUCUUCUUCAGCUCCAGUUUUAGUGGCAUCCAACACAGUCGCUAAUUCCCUCGCUGAUACUUUGUCACUUCUCACCGUUAGUAGCUUAUUAUCGGACAAAUUGCCAUACGGAUGCCAGUGCCCAAUAGUUGCCCCGAUUGCAGUGGGUAGUUGCGGAUGUGGUGGUUGCGGAUGUGGUGGUUGCGGAUGUAAUGGUUGCGGAUGUGGUGGCUGUGGUUAUGGUUAUCCCUAUGGUUCUUACAUUAUU